UUUGAGGAAAAAUGUGAUGAGUAUCAAAGUUUUUUUUCAGUAAAAAUGCCGUUUGAUAUAAUUAAAAGGUUUCUGGCGGAGAAUGCAAUGAAAUUUGUCCCACAAGAAGUUCUGGAUGAUAUGAUGGAUAAAUUACUUAAUGAAGUUUGUGAAGGUCUGCAAACCCUAGGCUUGGAUCCUAUACCUAUACCGGAUAUCAGUAUUCCAUACAACCUGGAUAAGGUUACGGAAGCAGUUCUACCUCUAGUUGGAGCAGAGAACUCUGGGGCUCGUCAGAUAUUCCAGAUACUUAGAGAUCUCUGUGCGUCCUGCUCACAGAAAGUUGCAGGUGAGCUGAUGCUACGGGAGGGACAACUUCAGGGACUGUCCCGUCUAUCUCGUCAAGGUCCUGUUGUUCUAACCUGGGAGGAAGAAGGAUCAGUUCGUCUUGGAGCAAAGUUUGGAGUAGAGAACCUAACAACUCCUUUCAAGAGCGAGGCUAAUCUUGAAUCUAAUAUUGUUUAUUGCGAGACUAAUCUUGAAUCUAAUCUUGUUCAGAGCGAGGCUAAUCUUGAAUCUAAUCUUGUUUAUUGCGAGGCUAAUCUUAAAUCUAAUCUUGUUAAGAGCGCGACUAAUAUUUAAUCUAAU